AUGUCCCAAACAGAUGUUCUUAUCAUUGGGGCAGGCCCCACAGGCCUUACUCUCGCCCUCUGGCUUCAUAAACAAGGGGUUGCAGUUCGUAUUAUCGACUACGCAGAGGGUCCGUCGAAGAAUUCCCGUGCAGUCGCGGUACACGCGCGUGUUUUGGAGCUAUAUCAGCAGAUCGAUUUAGCGGAUGAGCUCGACGCAUUUGGAUACCCUCUUCGUGCAUCCAAUAUUUGGAUCGAUGGAAAGCACUACUCAACCGUACCCCUUUCGGAUUUUGGAAAAAAGUUGACUCCUUAUCCGUAUAUGUUGAUGCUGUCUCAAGAAGAUCAUGAGAAGAUACUCGAGAACCGGCUCCAAUCUCUGGGGGUCUAUGUGGAGCGAUGUACAAAGCUUAAGCAUUAUGUGGAGCAUGUAUCGAAGAUCACUGCAACUCUGGUUCGCGAGACCGAUCGUCGUGAGGUCAUCAAGGUCAUCUGUGAUGCAUCGUGGAUCGUCGGCUGUGAUGGGGCACGUUCCAUCGUACGGCAUGAGAUCGGCGCUGAUUUCGAGGGGGAAACUUACGUCCCUCUGUUUUACAUUGCUGAUAUCGAAGCCGGACCUGGAGACUGCUGCAAUCCUGGUUUCAACGGCGAAGCCCAUAUAAGGAUGUUGGGCGACAAAUACAACGUGAUUCUUCCGUUCAGCAACGGGAAACGUAUCAGACUGAUCGGCACCACGACGCCCGAAGAUUACAAAGAAAAGAUUGAUCUGUCAACUCCUAACCCACAACUCACAUUCGAGGAUGUGGAGCCAGAGAUCAGAGCCGUUACCGGAAUCGAGAUCAAAAAGCUCCAUACUUUCGCUACCUAUCGCUGUCAUCAUCGUAUAGCUGAUAAAUUCCGCAAAGGACGAGCAUUCAUCGCUGGAGAUGCCGCGCAUAUUCAUAGUCCCGUUGGGGGUCAAGGCAUGAAUACCGGGAUCAUGGAUGCUGUCAACUUGGCCUGGAAGCUUGCUGCAGUGAUAAAGAACCCUGGAAUGAGCGAGAUCUCACAAGAAAAGCUCUUGGACUCCUACGAGAUCGAGCGGCGUACCUUUGCAAUUAAUGUGAUCGGCGCCACUGAUCAGGGAUUCACCCUUCUCACCUCUAAAGGAUUUUGGCCGUACCUUGUGCGUCAAUGGUUGCUCCCUUAUGGAGUUCCAAUCGUUACAAAGCUUGAGUAUAUUAAGCACCAGAUCUUCCGACGUGGCUCUCAACUCGUCUGCACAUACCGGGGAAGCCACCUGAGUGAGGCUGUAUCGGGCUGGGGUGCAGUACAACCGGGUGAUCGUUUACCAUGGGCAAAGCUGGACUCAAGUGACAAUUUUUCGUCGCUGCAUCAUAUUGCCUGGCAACUUCAUGUCUAUGGGUAUCCACCAACAGCCCUCGAAAAGUGGUGCAUCGUGAAUGACGUUUUACUCACCGUCAUUGAUUGGGACCCACAUCAUGGCAAGGUUGGCUUGAGGAAAAAUGCUGUAUACCUUCUGCGGCCAGAUCAGUAUAUCGCCGGCAUCUUCGAAGGUCGUUCCGUUAACUCAAUGCUGGACGACUACUUCUCUUCUCGGGAAUUGACUUAUUAG